AUUUCUGGCUAUCUGGUGUAUACGAUAACAACCAACAACCUCGCCAACAACACAUUCUUAAGAGUCUCUGCUGCAGUCAAUUAGUGUCUUAUCAGUGAGUCCUUGGACCUGUGCUGUACUAUGGCUAGGAAGAUAACUCUCUCCGGCGGUGGUCCUUGGGGUUUUACUCUCGCUGGAGGCAAGGAUUUUGGAUCUCAUCUGCAAGUAUCCAAGUUAAAUCCUAAUGGUAAAGCUAAGCAGGCAGGUGUGUGUGAGCAGGAUUACAUAUUAGAGAUUAAUGAUAUUGAGACACAAGGUGUGACACAUCAUGAAGCACAGCAGUUGAUCAGAACUACUGGUACUAGUCUCAGUCUCCUUUUAUCAAAUGAGGCACCACAAAGAUCUGCUUAUGCUCCUGCUGCUGCUACUGCUGCUCCCCAAACCACACCCACUUCACAACCCACACAAUCUCAAGGGAGUCGUCCCAGGCCCCCUCCCCCACCGGCACCUACAGGAACUGUCACGCCUCCUAAAAACACUACACCGGUUAAGACCACGCCCACUAUCACUCCUACAAAACCUUCUCCUGCAAAGCCUGUACAACGUGUGCAGCCACCUCAGCCGAUACAGACAACCCCACCAAAACCAACUUUUGUUGAUAGUUCCAGUGAAAAUGAUCCGAUAUUUCAGUCGCCUACUUUUAAGAAGAUCACAUCAGAAAGUCCUUCAGCACUGAGUCCUAGUCCUGUUGUGACUCCUCCUACUCAACCAAUGAAGCACAUGACUAUUGAGGAUGGUAAUACAAGGAAAUCAACACAGAGACCACCUCCACCAACUGCUACUCCUACUAAUUUCACAACCACUUCAAUGAAAGUUGCAUCAAAUGCUGGUCCAAAGGGAUCCCCUCCAGUAGCAAAGCCAGCUCCCCCUCCUGUCAAGAGACCUGGUCCUCCUCCAGUUUCUGGUGCUGUCCCUACACCAGCUCCACAGCAACAGUCACCAACUCAAGCAAAAGUUACUUCACGUCAAGGAGUCUGUGAAGCUUGCCAUGAGCCAAUAAGAGGUUCUUACUCAUCGGCAAUGAACAAAGUCUGGCAUCCUGAACACUUUGUAUGCUAUCGCUGUCACUGCCAGUUGAGCGGCGGCACUUUUGUGUUUGAAGAAGAGAAGAUAUUCUGUAACAACUGCUACGAGAAGCAAGUUGCUCAGAUUUGCUCUCUCUGUAGGAAGGCUAUAGUUGGGCCAAUGGUGAAUGCUACCAACAGAUAUUAUCAUCAAGAAUGCUUUCGUUGUUCAAGGUGCUCUUGCAACCUUUCUCAGCAAGAUGGCUUCAACAUGGAGAACGGGAUGCUCUUCUGCUCAAAUUGCUUUACUGAAGCAUACGGAGUAUCUUGUAGUGGCUGUGGUCAGACAAUCGGUGCUAAUGAGCUCUGGGUUGAAGCUUUAGAUCGCAAUUGGCACCCUCAGUGUUUCGUUUGUGGGGGUUGCAAGCGAACACUUGAAGGCUCCAAGUUCUUUGCUAAAUUGGGACAGCCUUACUGUGGCCAAUGCUGAUACAAUCAAGAAUGCGUGGAAAUACAACUAUAUUUUAUUUUGCCAGAAACACGUUUAGAUUUUAUUUUGUAGAUCACUAGUUUAAUAGAUAGAUCAAUAAUACUUGUUUUUAUAAUGAGAAUUGGACGAGGAGCCAGCUCUCUGUGUUACUUUUGUCAAUCCCACUCUUAUUAUUAAUUAUUUCUUUGAAAGUUGUUUUCUCUAUUUUACAA